AUGGCAGAGAUAACACCAGCAGUGGUAGAGUCGGCCAGACACCGUGGAGUGUCCCUGGCUGAGCAGAUUAUGACCACCCUUAGAGAGGAGACAGCGGAGAAUGAGAGAACUCAUAGGAAAACUAUAGUCAACUCGGUGAAGAUGCUUGGGAUGAUCAAUGACUAUUAUAAUAAUAACGAAGAUGCUGCCCGAACCUGGACUGAUGACGUGCUGCGCUCAGUAGCAGAUGAUAUGGCUCGGUCGGAGCCUAUAGGCCCUCAGAACUACCAAGGGGAACCGGUGUACAUCGAUUUCGUCCACAACACAUAUAUUGACGAAUUCGCCAACGCUUGCCGGUACGUCGUGGAUAGAGUUUUGGACGGCCUCGACAGCUCAUGCCUGUUCGUGGAGUGUGGGGGUAUGGAAAAAGUUGCCGAGGCGGCGGUCAGUGAUAAACUACCUCCAUGUUGGGGACAUAUGACGUAUGGUCACCCGAUACUAACGUUGGUGAAGCAAGUGGCUCAUUUUAAUCACCAGCACCAUGCCCGGCACACGCAGUUUUAUAGUGAGGACCCCUCUAACGAUUCGGAGCUGCUCUCGGCCUUUGUGGAUUCGGCGAUUAGAAUUUUACGAGAUGAUAGUAUUUCGCAAGAGGCGAAGUUGCAUAAGGUUGGUACGCUCAUGUCGUUGUUGGCGACGGCAUUGAGGGACAGCAGCUCUAGCUUACAUGAGGACACAGUCGAGUGCUUCGCGGAGCUUCUGAGAGUAAUGGUAGUACAAACAGACUUCCUCACUGACCUUCUGGGUGGACCGCAUGCUCCCGAUCAAUUCAACUAUCAAUUUAACGUCUGCAUACGCGAGAUGAAGGAUCGACUGGCCUGUAGGGAAUAUGACAUCUCGCUGGACAUAGCACUUACUUGCUGGCUUUCAGUACGCGUGCUCUUAUCGCAAAUCAGUCGAGUGGUGAACUAUCCUCAUCGGACGCUGAGUCGUAGUCGGGGUCAGCCUCGGGCUGCAGAGGGUCAGGGUUGUCUACUUGGCAUGCCCAAUGGUCGGGACACGAUGCUAUCGUUGACUAAGGCUUUGGUUAGAGUGAUGGAGAAGACCCCUUUGAUGGACCCUAUGCAGAGCCAGGCCCUUCUCAUGUGCCUGUCGGAGACCACUAGAUACUACGAGUGUGCUGUGGAGGUCUUGAAUACUGGCGGGUUGUGGAUGCUGCUGACGUUACCACAAAUUUCAAGUUACCCUGGUAUGCUCGCACAUCUUAAAACGGUGAUGUUGAAUAUUUGUCGGGAUGAUGAUUAUAUAGUUAUGGCGGAGGCUAAGCCUAUCGUGUUGCGGUAUCUGGCUACUCAUAAUGAUCAUGUUCGGGCGAGUGAUGGGAGACCAUGGGUGAAGGGGAGGGAGAUUGUGGAGGCUCUAGCUGAGAAGCUGGGUCCGGUUUGUAUUGGUCGCGAUGUUGGUGACAUCAUCAAAAGGACAUUGGCGAAGUACACUAAGUAUUGUGAUUCUGACGAGGGGUGGAUCGCUCUACGAGAUGAGGUAGUUGAAGAGGCGAAUGGAUUGGGGGACCAUCCGGUGACAGAGUCGAACUCGACGGAACCGCCGGAAAUGGCAAUUCCACAUAACUUGGCAAAGACUGUGUCAACGCUGCUAGUGGCCCUUCGUGUGUGUAUGAUGGGGCGUGGUAUUGGCCCGGCGAUGAGUACGAGUGCUGCUCAUUAUCAGAGUAAUGAAGAGGCUGCUUAUGCUGCAUCGGGGGAGGCUAAGGUGGCCAAUGGAGCUGAGCAGCUGCUCUUCCUCAUCAAUCUGCCGGGCGCUGACGAGGUCCAAGCGUAUCAGCUCGAGAGAGUCCAAGAGGUGAAGGGCUGGUUGGGGGAGGCGCUUGGGGUCCUACAGCUUGAUCAGCCCUAUAGCCCUUUUGUCGCGGAGAGUAUGUUGGAGCCUCUAGUACCGUUGACGAGGUGUCCGGAGUUCCCCGAUGGCGGGAAUGUUGUACCGAAGGGGGAGCAGGAAGGGAUUGCUCGGGCCGAUUCGGUUGGUGAUUCAUCUGGAAAUUUGUCACCGCGCCACGAAAAUAUGGAGGAGGCGGUAGAGGGCAUGCCGGCGGCCGCAGCAGCAUCACCAGCAGUGGGGGAGCAGGAGCAGCAGAUCCAUGUGGAGAUAUUGGAGGAGAUGGACGAUGGGGACGAGGGUCCUGGCGUGGGGCUGGCUGAUAGCAUACUGGAUGAGGAGGAGGCUGAUAGGUCUAGUGUUGACGACGCCAUGGAGGUGGCCCCACUGACGGUGGCCCCAGCUACAGUGCAAGGAACAUUUUCCCUGGGGGACGUUAUUUCUCAAAGCUGGAUGGGCCUGUGGUGUAGACAGCCUAGUGCUGAUGACGAUGAGGAGGAGGAAGAAGAGGAGGAGCCGCUUUUCGAGGCGGCGGAGUUUAUGGGAGAUGUUGGUGUUGACGGCGAACUGCGGGAUGUGGGCAUGGGAGAGAUGGAGGAUAUGGACUUCGAGGACGCUCUUGCUGGCAUGAUGAUGGGGGACGAUGGUGAAGGGGGUAGUGAUGAGGAUGAAGAGGAGGAUAGGGCAAUGCAGGCCCGUGACCCGACGGGGCCGUGGGGUUUGCAUGAGCUGAUGCGGCGAGGGAGUGGUAGACCGGGCGAGGGUCGAUGGAUGGCAACAGCAGCAGCACCGGGCGGCGGUGGAGGGAGUGUCGUAGCGGCUCGAGUGGGCGAGAGGUGGAGGCAGUCUGGGGUGUUGCCACCGGCGCGAGCUAAUAUUGAGGAAACCGUGUUGGGGGUAGCGGAGGCAGUAGAGCAUAUGGCUGAGGAGGAGGUGGCUGUUGCCCCAGCACCUGUGGUGGAAGAAGCUGUACACCAACAACAAGAAGAGGAGGCGGAGGAUGGUGACACGGUUGUCCCGACGGGUGGUGACACGGCAGAGGUGGUAGAUGAGGGAGAGGAGGAAACGACAGUGGAAGCGGCUGAGGAGGAAGAGGCGGCAGAGGAUAUUGUGUUGCCUCCUGCUAGAGUGGAGAUACCGGCCUUGAGUGCAGCAGCGGCGAGAUUGAACGUGGACUCCUCGGCGCUGUUGGAUGCUACUGGCAUUGACCCUACAGUGCUGGAGGCUUUGCCGGAGGAGAUGCAUGAGGACAUCAUUAGGGAGCAUGUGGCACAGAUUGAUAACGCCACGCUUAGGAGGCUACAGCAACAGCAUCCGGGGGCUGCUGGGAAUACUAGUAGAGCUGGUGAAGGGGAGGAAGAGGAGGAAGAGGAAGCUGCAGUGGAGGGUAUGGACAAUGCGACGUUUCUGGCUACUUUGACGGACCCACAGCUCAGAGAGGAGAUACUCAUGACUGCUACGCCACAGUUUUUGGAGACACUACCCGCGGAGGUUCGAGCCGAGGCGAGGGCAUUGCGAGAUCGGGCUGGCACUAUUCGUAUGAACGCUAUGCGGGCGCCUGGUGGAAGAGGGGUCGGCGGUGGACGUCGUGGUGGUGGACAGCAAUUACAGCAGCAAGAGGCGGCUGGUCGGGCAGGAGGGGCUAAUAGGAUACGUAUUAGGCUUGGCAAUGGUUGGGGUCAAGGGGCUGAUGUGGCCCCGGGCCCUGGAGGGCAGAUGAUCAACUUGGGGGCUGGGGAUGCUGUGCAUCUUCUGGAUCUGACCUCGCAGUUUGCCAAUAGAGGAGGGCCGCCGCCUCACCCAGCUGCAGUAGCUGGGGGAGGAAGUAUGCAGAAUAGGGCACUGGUGAAUCUCCUAUUUGACGUAUUGCAACGGUCUGAGACUACGGGGGGUCGGCAUUGGGUAGAUGGUGGACGGCUGUGGGACGUGUCGGCUCCUCCUGGGCGAGGCGGCGCUAUGGACGUGGGAUCGAGGUUUGGAGGAAGCCAGAUGGGUGGUCGGGAGAGAGCUGGGGGAGGGGGAGAGCAUACGGCUAUUAGUGAUAGAAAGUGUCACCUCUACGACCGAUUAGAGUUGCCUCCGCCGAUGCCCUUGGAGUUUGUGGAUACACUAUUGCGGCUGUUGUGGAUGAGGUAUCUGCUGCCUGGCCUGAAGGGGCAGUUGGAUGAGAUUACUCACCACCUGUGCCUCCACAAGGCUCUGCGUUUACGGCUCUACACGGCUGCUAUGAGGAUGCUAUUGGAGAUCCUCAGGGGCGCUGAUAGUGUUCGAAUAGAUGAGGCUAGGGCCGAUAUGGAGAUGCCUUGCACUAGACUCCUAGGGCAGCCCGACCAUCCUCCGUUCCCCAGGCUGUACGACGUUCCUAGUGGUGAUGAUCCGGCGAAGGUGAGGAGCACUAUGACCUCACGUCUGCUGGUAGCUGUUGAAUUUAUCCUUACCUGGGUUGUGUCGGCGUCCACUACUGGAAAGGCUCCGAGUGGAAUCGAGUUGUUGAUCGAUUUGGUGUCCUCAUCACUCGUGGAUGCAUCUGCUGUGAGCCUCGGGAACCUCUUGUUGCUGUUGUCGAAGCUCAUUGUACCCUAUAGAGGGAGGCCGGCAGGGGUUACGACGACUCGAGAGGGGUCAUCCGAUGGGGCACCGAGAUCUUCUGAAGGGGAGCAAGUGGCUGCGAGGCAGAGACAGAGGGUUGAGAAGUCCCAACAGCGGUCGCGGGUGCUAAUGCAGCAUAUAUCGGCGGACGCUGCCAGGAGGUUGAUGGGAUACGUUUUUGGACCGGCCUCGGGGGACCUUGUGCAACGUCGAUCACAGGCUGCAAGGAUGGACCCGCGUUACGAGAUGAUUGGAGAUAUGAGUCUGGCAAAUCCCUUUGGCAUGGAGCGUGUAUUGCAUGAGGGCAUCGGUCUAGUAGUGGCACUUGCUGAAAGCGAUUCCCACGGUCGGCAGCUCAGAGGGGCACUGGCGGCGGAGCUCGGGCAACUUGCGGAGAGCAUCGUUGAGUUGUUGAAGGAGCCGGCUGAGUGUGAGGAAGCGAAUGAGAAGCUGCAGAGGGAAGGGCAGAGGCUGAUGCGGUUUGUGGGGGCGUAUAAGCAGGUCGCUCGGAACAAGUGUCGGAACUUGCCGGAGGAGGAAUUCGAUAUUGCCUAUAGGAACACUCUCGCAGAAUCCAUACAUGCGGUUCAGGUUUGGUUCUGGUCGGUAGUGGAGGAGUUCAACCAGCAGCAGUUAGCGACGUUCCUGCAAUUCGUGACGGGGAGUAGUCAGGUUCCUUUGGAGGGCUUUAAGGCGUUGCAGGGGAUGAGGGGACCACAGAAGAUGUCGGUCCACAGAGCGUAUGGGGCUGAUCGUUUGCCGACGGCUCAUACGUGUAUGAACCAGUUGGAUCUGCCGAACUAUGGCGAUAGAGAGACUCUUAAAGCGAAGCUCGUGCUGGCGGUUAAUGAGGCUCAUGAGGGCUUUGGCUUUGUGUAA